AUGCUGCGGCACUUUGUCGGCCAGUCUCAUCCAUCGGCCGGUGGUGAAGCGUCCAAGGAGCAUGUGGACGACGAUGCCAAGGAGGAUCAUGUGGAUGAGGCCGAGCUGCUGCUCGCACUGCUGCAGCGAUGCGGCCCUGCUCUCACGCGGCGGCAAGCUUCCGACUUUGUGCGACGCAGCAAGGAGCGUGCCGAGGACCGAGAGCACGGAAUUGUCGUCGUGGGCAACGGCCGGUCGAUCCUCGGCGGCGGUGCGGGCGCCGCAGUCGACGCCUUUCGCCACGUGCUACGAUUCAACGACUACGAGGUCGACGGCUUCGCGAGGGACGUCGGCAGCAGGACCUCGCUGUGCGUGGAGCUGUUGCGCAAGUACCCGCACCGUUGGGCGGCGGAGGAGGACGGCGGCGAGGGGCUGCCUGUCCUCGUCGCCAUCCCGUACCUCUUCCUCGGAGAGCAGCACUAUCAGAGGCGGAGGGCGGAGGUCACGGAGGAGCUCGCUGCAGAGAUGCCCGCCGCACUCGCCGCCGUCUCCUUCCUGCCGGAGGAGUCAGCGCGCAGCCACGUGACGCUUUUGGGCUUCGACCACUUCCGGGAGAUUGGCGGGCGGAUCCACUACUUUGACGAUGCGCACACCGCAAACCACGACGCCGCGUGCGAAGAGCGCAUCUGCCUCGCCCUCGCCCAGCAAGGCUUUGUGCGCUUCCUUCUCUGA